UCCUAUGAGAACGCGUAUGUGAAUAGUGUUUAUAACGAUUUCUAUUUGAAAAAAAAAGAAAACUUCAUACAUUGAAACAUUAAGAAAAAGUUAUUGUUUUUUAUUUUCAUUUAUAUGAAUAUAUGUAUAUUUAAUAUUGUGAAAAUAUCUUGCAUUAUUUAUCAACAUUGGAAAAUUCGUGUGACGUACGUACGCGCUGUUGGGAUUAAGUAUUGAAGUAAAAAUAUUGCAGAUAUUUUUAUUUUCUUCGGUUUUCAAACAACAUUCAAAUCGCAGCGCGUGUUUUUCUUAUUUUAAAACUACGACAGCAAAUAUUUCAGUAAAAUUAAUUUAAAUUAAUUUUUUGUAAAAUAAUUAUUGCCAAUAAAUUAACAGUAAUUACACAAAAUGGUUAAAAAUCGGAGAUUUGAAAAAGCACCGCUUAUCGGAACCAGACAUAUACAAUGUUUUCUCUGCUUCUGCUGUUUGUCUCUGUGUUACGCGCUGCGGGUGAAUUUGACAGUGGCCAUUGUCGCCAUGACAGACCAGAACUCCACAAAUACCAACGUCGAGAUCUUCGAUUGGGAUGAAGGCACAAAAUCAUAUUUGUUAAGCAGUUUCUUCUGGGGUUAUAUAAUCACACAGAUACCGGGUGGACAUAUAGCGCAGAAAUAUGGUGCUAAAAUGUUGCUAUUAAUUGGUAUAACCUUAUGCUCGCUAUUUACAUUACUUACUCCAUUGGCCGCUUCGCUUGGUGGUUGGCAGUUAUUGUUUGCUCUACGUGUCAUGCAAGGCUUACUGCAGGGUUCCGUACAUCCGGCAACGCACGCCAUGUUAGCUAAAUGGGCUCCAGUGGAAGAACGUGGUGCUUUAGGCACAUUUUGUUAUUCUGGAUCACAAUUUGGCACGAUUGUUAUGUUAGCGGUGAGCGGUUUUAUUGCUCAAUCUUCAGCCGGUUGGCCAGGUAUUUUUUAUGUGUCCGGUGCCAUGGGAUUUGUUUGGGCAUUGUUUUGGUUCCUCUUCGCCGCUAGCACACCAGCUGAACACAGAAGCAUAUCACCAGAGGAGAAGAAAUUUAUUGAAAACUCUUUGGGUCAAGUAGAGAAUGCACCACGUGUAGUUGCACCCACACCUUGGCGCAAAAUCUUCACAUCUCCACCAUUUAUAUCACUUAUUAUUGUGCACUGCACGCAUAUGUGGGGCUUCUGGACAUUAUUAACCCAAAUUCCCAACUAUAUGAAAAAUAUUUUGGAUGUUGAUAUUAAGAAUAGUGCUCUGUUGUCAUCUUUACCGUACGUGCUUAUGUUGUUGCUGAGUUUCUUCUUCAUUUUCUUAUCAAAGGUGUUGGCACGCAAGGAAAAUGUCUCGCUCUCAUUCAAUCGAAAAUUCUUCAAUUCCAUUGGACAUUGGAUUCCAAUGUUAUCGCUUAUUUGCUUGGGUUAUGUAUCGCACGAUCAAGCUAUGUUGGCUGUGGUACUCUUGACUGUGACAGUAGGCAUCAGUGCUGCAACAUACCUAGGCUUCCAAGUCAAUCAUAUUGAUCUAUCGCCCAACUACGCCGGCACACUUAUGGGCAUCACCAAUGGUGCUGCGAAUGUGAUGAGUGCUUUAGCUCCGCUUGCUGUGGGACUUAUUGUAACAGAUGCGAAAAAUGUUGUUGAAUGGCGCAUUGUGUUUUUCAUAGCGGCGGGCUUUUAUUUCACGGGUAACUUCUUGUUCGUUGUCCUCGGCAAAACAGACGUGCAGAGCUGGAACUCUCCAGAAGAUGCACUUGCUAAGCGGUUAAGUGUGAACGAUGCAGAGUCGCCAGCACUAUUGACGAAUGGUGAUAUCAAAAAGAGUGAGAAGGAUGAAGUAACAAAAUGAAGGUUUCAAAAGACAAAUCCUAAAUAGUGAAUAAGUAAACUGAAGACCUCUUAAUGUAGGCUUAGAAAAAAGACUAAAUAACUGAUUUUAUUAUUGUAAAUAAUUAUUUAAAUUUUUUUAUAGUCAUUAAU